AUGGCGUGGUAUUCGAUCCUCCCUUCUCACUUGACCACCUACGAAACAUGGAUCAUUCGCGCCUUUCUCAUCCUGGCCAUCCUGAACAUGGUCCCUUGGAUCCUCGCCAUCCUCUACGACUUCCUCUACUACGUCUGUCGCCAAAUCUGGCACGAGGUGCCCUUCAUUGGAGGACGAGCCCAGGGCGCGCAACGACCGAGGGCGCCGAGUCUCCGUGAUCGCGCGAGGAGGAUGAGCUUCAAGGACAUUUUGACCGGUGGGCCGGGCGCAGGAGAGGGGAGCGAGACAAGGAGGAAUCAGGGCCAUCGACGGGAUUUGAGUAGAGAGAGCAUAUCCGAGGAGAAGGAGGAAGAGCAUGGCCACGACGAGAGGUGA